CGCACCGUCUUCUCCGACCGAACAGGCGCCCCAACCCAAACCCUACGCCCGCGCCGCAGCCGCAGCCGCCGCCGCGGUCGACGACAUCUCAUCGUUCUUCUUGGGCGCCUUUUCGGUAGCAUCCUCGAUCUACCCCGUUAUAGUUGUACAAGGUGCUUCCCCAAAUCUCCAGAGCUUAGUCUGCUCGCCCCACCGCUUGAUCCGUGGGAACCCAUCCGUACGACUGUACCACCAUUUUUUCCUGGUUGGACACUUGGCUAUGGGAACCUACAGCCAUCUCUGGUCAAUGACCAAGAAGAAUGUAAUGGCAGUUUUACUUGGCAUCACCAUUUCCGAUCGUUAUGUGACUUUGGCCUCUGUGACUGGUGAAUCGAUGCAUCCUACGUUCACAGCGGCCAACAAUGUCUUGCAGGGUAUUGUGAUUUCAAUUUGUGAUUUCGUUUUAGCAGAAAAGAGAUGCCUUGAGAAGUACGAGUUCUCACAUGGUGAUGUGAUUUUGUUCAAGUGCCCUAGCAAUCAUAAGGAGUUGUUUGUGAAGAGAUUGAUUGCGCUUCCUGGUGAGUGGGUACAGCUCCCUGGGUACCCCAAGGUUACUAAGAUCCCAGAAGGGCAUUGCUGGGUUGAAGGUGAUAACGCUGCUCGUAGUUGGGAUUCUAGAGCAUUUGGCCCUAUUCCCUUAGGUCUAGUUGAGGGGAGGGUGACCCACAUCAUUUGGCCGCCCUCAAAGAUUAGCCAAGUGGAGAGAAAGAUGCCUGAAGGGAGAAUUUUUCAUGCUUGAUUUGACUCUACUGUAUUGGGUGAAAACUCAUUUAAAAUAUAAACCUGCAUGAUUACCAUUUCUUAUGUGAUUGAAGAAGUGUACAUUGAAAUGCAAAUCUUACAAGUUUUGGCUAACGUUUUGUCUACAUUUCCUUCUGUUCACCAUGCUGCUGUUUUGUACUUUGUGUAAGAGACUUGAUUUUUUAGUCGUUCAAGUGGAAAUAUGGACCAUUUGCGUCGUGUCGUAUGUUCUGUGGAGGCAUAAAUACGAAUGAAGAAAGUUCCUGUGA